CUGGACCACCAGUAAUUACAGAUGGUGUGUACCCCUUAAACUUCUUUCAUUCAAUUCCAAACAAAUGCCAGCCAACAUCAAUAGAGUGUUCCUGACAGACCCAGUGAUAUUUGCUUAGGCUAAUGCACAAUUACCUAUAAUAUAGUCUUACGUUUUGAAAUAAAUAAAGUUGGCAUGCUUAGAAGCUCACCCGCACACACGAAGCUAGUUGUGGCUAUUGUUUGGUCCACAUGGAGACUAAAGGCCUAAACAUUUUACGAGUCCAAAAAGAGUAGGCCCAUUGCCAGCAAGACACAAAUCAAGUCGGCUUGAUACAUGUGUACAUGUCUACUUUGUGGGAUUUUUUGAUUGGAAUUUGACUCACGAGUCGGGUAGAAGACUUUUUUGGGAAAUUGGAUCUUUAGCAUUGCCUGGGUUGAGCUGUUGGGGCCGAAGUUCUCAACAUUCUUCAAAAACUAACCAUGUCGUCGCCGUACCGGCCUAUCGUGAUGAGCGGGCCAUCGGGAAGUGGCAAGAGCACACUCUUACAUCGGCUCAUGGACAAACACAAGGACUGUUUUGCAUUUAGCGUCUCACACACAACGAGAAAGCCGCGACCAGGGGAGGUUCAUGGGACAGAUUAUUGUUUUUCAACGAGAGAAGAGAUGCAGCAGGCAAUAGAUAACGAUGAAUUUAUCGAGUCGGCAGAAUUCUCAGGGAAUCUUUAUGGAACAAGUAAAAAGGCUGUGGAGGAGGUGGCCAAGACCGGGCGUAUAUGUAUAUUAGAUAUCGACAUGCAAGGUGUGAAGAAUAUCAAGGCCACAAAUCUUAACCCGAGAUAUAUAUUUAUUAGGGCACCGAGCAUGGACAUUUUGGAGAAACGGUUACGGGGUAGAGAUACUGACACUGAAGAUGCCGUUCAGAGGCGAUUAGCCUCAGCAAAGGCAGAAUUAGAAUAUUCUCAUGAAAAGGGAUCGUAUGACAUGGUGAUUGUAAAUCACGACGUGGAUAUCGCAUAUGAACAACUUGAGGGAUUUCUCAAAGACGAUAUAGAGACUAUACGUAAAGCAAAGUUCAAGUCACGAUGAACACUAUUUUGAAGAUUUUUAACUUCUCUAGGAAAUUGUUAUGCUGUAAACCCUUGUAUUCUCACAGCCUUGUUAGUUCGCAAAAACGAACAUUUUAGAUUUCACUUUCAUUGGGCUUAGGCUUAGAAAUAGCCCCUAGUUUCAAAGGGUAAUACUUUCAUCCUCGCACAUGACAAUAUUAUUUUGUUAUCCUCGCACAUGAAAAUAUUAGGGUUUACGAUAGUUUAAAAGCUCAACAAAGCAAACCAUGGCUCAGUGGCGGCCAUUUUGGACGUCAAUCAAUGCCCCUGAUGCUAAGACGUCACCGCCCAAGUGCACCACAUGUUAUUGACGUCGUGGUUGUCGUCGACAAUGACAUAAUUUCAACAUUCAAAAGGGCGUCUUGCUAUGAUGAUGUCAUCUGCACAGCCUCAGUUUAUAAAAAUGAUUACCUCGACUCGAUAUUCGAUUGCAAAUUUCUCGAUUUUUCACAUUCGAUGUGUUCCUAUCAUCUGCUAAUUAUAAAUAUAUCUGUCAUAUUAAAGGAGGAGUAGAGAGUUUUUGCACGGCCUGCACUUAUGUACUGUACUGAUAUAUAUAUUUACAUGCAGUUCUUGUGCGUGUGGUGGUUCUCUAGGGCAUCAAAAAAUAUACACAAACAUUCUACUAAUUGUUUGCUUACACUUCCAUCUUCAGCACAUUCUAUGCAGUAACUUUACAGUUUUGCCGGUACAUCAUUCGGUUCUGCUAUUCCUUCAAAGGGGUACGCCGUUCCUAAAUACUCGUGGUUCAGUUAUAAAGAAAUCCACUGAUACGCAAAGCCGUAGUGCAGAUAUUAUUUUUUAACUUGGUAUUCACAGUAUUUGUAUGUCAGUCUACACAACGGCAAUGUUGAAAUUUGUUUGAACUUGGUAUUCAUAGUAUUUGUAUAUCAGUCUACACAACAGCAAUGUUGAAAUUUGUUUAAACUUGGUAUUCAUGGUAUUUGUAUAUCGUCUACACAACGGCAAUGUUGAAAUUUAUAUUAAUAUGUAUUUCCGCAAUUGGAAAUUUUGUAAUUCAAUUCCAAAUUCCAAAUUUUUAACGAACGGCGUAGGCCUUUAAGGGUUUUUUGCAGGUGAGGGCUAAAGUACCUACAACAAACAAGCAAUUUUAAUUCAUGCGACAAGAAUACUUCAGAUUGCAUUCGAUGAUCAUCGCUUGAUUUUGGUGGUCAUCACAGGGUGCCACCUGCGAUUCUAUAUCAAACAAAGCGAUUUCCGGUUUACCCGCAAACCAGAGAACUUUUCGUUGCACAUAAGAGUGAUUAUUAUCGCAUGUUGCUGCAAUUUAAUUGUUCUGUUGCGUGGCGCUUUAGGUAUUGUUAUGAAAUGUUAUGUUUAUGAAUCACUGAGGGACCACUUCCAAGGCUGUUUUGAGAUAUUCUAUGCAGGGCUAUCUACAUCUAAUUGUACGUUUGUAGUGUACGUUGUAAUCAAAUUUCUGGUACUAAAAGACCACAGAAGACACGUCAGAACAAACUUAGUUCCAAGGCAUUUUAAAAGGAUGAGCAUUUGGUAAUCUCUGUUGGGCUCCUGUACCAAUCGGUGCAGAACUGGUGAUAUUUUUCGGUGGCUUGUCUAAUUGUUAGUACGAUAAACAGUUCAUUGUUUUCUCUGUAGAUUUUACUGUUAGAAAUCUAUGUUUGUAUCCGAAAAUAUUCAUAGGUUAAAAGAUUGUUUUUCAUGACAUUGAUACUGGAACAUUUGAAGCAUCGUAACCACUUUGCUACAGGACUGCAGGUAUCGUCCUGCGUUUCGUAUUCUCGGUAGUGGUGCGCUGCGUUGAGGAUCAUUAAACUGGUAUUUUGGACCAUCGUAGCGUGCGUCAUAAUACUCUUGACCAGAAUGAUGGUCCAUCGUAGUGAAAUGGUAAAAGGGGUAUGCCAUUUGUGAUUACUGGUGGUCCAGGAAAAUCGAAAUUCUGUUAAACAAAAUCGUAGUGUAGUUUUUAUGCAUGCUGGAAGCCUUUAAGGGGUUAUGUUUCUGGUAACACGGUUUUAGUGAAGCGUCUACGUGUUAAAGUUGUGGCCUCAGUACUUAAAAUGAAUGAACAUGUAUUUGAGAAAUUUUGGUUGUGCCAAUCAAGCUUAAUAUGAAUUUCGACAAUGAUGUUGGGUGAUAUGAAUAAAGGCUAGCAAAUGCUUUUACUUCAAUUUUGUACAGAAAGGCCAAGUGUAAAUGUACAUGGAGUUUUAGAUAAAAGCAUUUACUACUCUUUAUUCAUAUCACCCGUUGUGUAGGCAGAUAUGCAGAUGCCAUAAUUGCCAAGUUUCAGCAUAUUAUCAUGCAUAAUAACUGCACUACAGCACUGUGUACUUCUGUUUUCCGGAGCCACUAGUGAAUACAUUGAACAGACGUUCCCCUUUGAUAGAAAACUUAAUGUCACUGUUUUAAGGAGACAGGUAAAAAGAUGAGGCAUUUUGCAUAAUGGCUCAUAGAAAGAAUAAAGUUGUAUUUUAAAGUGUUAUGUAUAUAUUUCUGUAUUGUAUUUCUGUAAUCAUUCUGAAUCACGUAUAUGUGUAAUUAGAUAAUUAAUGAAGAAAAUGUUAGCUAAUUAACUGCAAUGAUUUAAUAAUUAUUUGUUCUACUUUAGUGUUCUAAUUCAUCUAAAAAAGGGACCAUUUCAAAUUCACUGAUGAUUAAAACGAGUCCUAGACCCAGAACCUUUUUUUUCGACAGAAAUGGGAAAAAAAUUAGCACCUGUUUGUUGGUGAUCUUAUACAAGAUAAGAUAAGAUAAGAGUCACGAAUUUAUAUAGGGCUCUUCAGUGAUGAGACUGUUAAAGCGCUGGCCCGAAAUGUUCCUUGGAAGAGAAAUGUUUUUAGAGAUUUUUUGAAAGGCAAAAAGUCAAUGGUGUUGGCAAGUUCAUGAGGAAGAAGGUUUUUACAGUCUUACAGCAGAUGCCACAAAACUGGAAGUUUUUCAAGGAAGUUUUUCCAAUCUUUCUUUUGCAUUCUCUAUCAAGAUUGAGAGAUGGUCCCAAACUAGUCUUACAUUUCAAUUGCGCAUUCUGUAUUUUCACUGCCUGGUGCCUGGAUAGUCAUAUCACGGACGAAACAGCUUGUUAAAGGCCUAGGCCGUUCGACAGAAAGUUGACAUUUUUUAAUUUGAAAUGUUCCAAUCGCAUAACAUAAACUGUACGUACAAAAUAUGAAUUUCAAAAUAGCCAUUAUGUUGACAGAUAUACAAGUCCUAGGUAAGUUUCAGCAAAGAUGCAUGCAUGAUAAUUAUGCUACGACGUGUAUAGCUGCAUUAAAAUAGCAAUAGCUGACCCACAAUCAGGGCGUACCCCUUUGAAGGGGUACGCCGUUCGUUAUUAUUUGUGGUCCAGUUAAAAAGAAAUUCACUAAUUCACAAUGCCGUAGUGCAGUUAUUUUGAUUACGAAUUAACUUGGUAUUCAUGGUAUUCGUAUAUCAGUCUACACAACGGCAAUGUUGAAAUUUAUAUUUAGUAUAUAUUUUUGCAAUUUGGGCAUUUUUAGAUUCAAUUACAAAUUCAAAAUUUUUCACAAAUGGCGUAGGCCGUUGAUUACAUUAACACUUCUUUGUAUUAUCUGUUCUGUAUACGUAGUUAUCCCAGUCUGUGCUACUGUAAACCCCUUUAUUUUUGUGCCCAUGUAGAUAUUUGCGAAAACAUCCAUUUCAGUCUUUGCUUCCAUUUAUUUGUGCGAAUGGGUGCAUUUUCCAAUGAUCAAACGAUAAAGAUGAAUAUUUUCUUGCCCUGAAGUUCACAAUUGUAUGUCUUCUCUCAAAAAUAUAGGGGUUAAUAGUAUUUGUUGGUCAGUUGAAAUAUAAGAUAAAUCAAUUUUAUUAGAAA